UCCAUGGAUGAGCAGUUCUAGUCAUGAGGGUGUCACAACCACAUCUUUGUGUAUCUGAAUUCCUCCACCUAAGAGAAAAUUUCAGGCCCAAUAUAAUGAUCAGGCCCACAGCCCUGGCCAGGUGAGUGGGGGUGUUUUGAUCAUAACGUUAUUCCCAUAUCAGUAUAGAGCUUGUGUGGCCAUAGAGAGGUCAGACUUUAGAAUCACUAAUAACUGGAUUUCAAACUGGAUUUGAGGACCCCCAGCUUUCAAUAUGUGAGCAUUCUCUGCAAGCCUCUGUUUCUCUCUCUUUAAAGUGAGGACAGUAAAUCCCACAUGGCAGGGUGGAGGGGAGAAUCAGAGAUCAUACAGCUGCUUAUCACAUCUUGUUUGUGUUCCCAGGGGCACCAGACUGGGGUUUCUGAGCAUGGAUCCAACCAUCCCAGCCUUGGGUACAGAAUUGACACCAAUCAAUGGACCUAAGAAGCCUUCUUGCAACGAGCAGACCCGGAUCCUCGCGGUGGUGCUGUUGUGGAUCAUCUCCCUCGUCGGACUGAAAGGAAACGCGCUUGUGCUCUGGCUCCUGGGCUUCCGCGUGCGCAGGAACGCCUUCUCCACCUACAUCCUCAACCUGGCUGCGGCCGACUUCCUCUUCCUCAGCAGCCACGUUAUACAAUCCCUGUUAAACUUCAUUAAUAUCAUUCAUCCCAUUUCUAAAUUCCUCUAUCCUAUGAUAAUGCUUUCCUACUUUGCAGGCCUGAGCAUGCUGAGCGCCAUCAGCACCGAGCGCUGCGUGUCGGUCCUGUGGCCCGUCUGGUACCGCUGCCGCCGCCCCGCACACCUGUCGGCGGUGGUGUGCGCCCUGCUCUGGGCCCUGUCCCUGCUGAGGAGCAUCCUGGAGUGGAUGUUCUGUGGCUUCCUGUUUAGCGAUGCUGAUUUUGUUUUGUGUCAAAUAUCAGAUUUCAUCACAGUCGCGUGGCUGAUUUUUUUAUUUGUGGUUCUCUGUGGGUCCAGCCUGGUCCUGCUGGUCAGGAUCCUCUGUGGAUCCCGGAAGAUGCCGCUGACCAGGCUGUACGUGACCAUCCUGCUCACAGUGCUGGUGUUCCUCCUCUGUGGCCUGCCCUUCGGCGUUGUGUUUUACCUAUUUUUCUGGAUCCCUGUGGAUUUGGUUGUGUUAUAUUGUCAUGUUCGUCCAGUUUUCACGUUCCUGUCCUCUCUUAACAGCAGUGCCAACCCCAUCAUUUACUUCUUCGUAGGCUCCUUUAGGCAGCGUCAAAAUUGGAAGACCCUGAAGCUGGUUCUCCAGAGGGCUCUGCAGGACACGCCUGAGGUAGAAGAAAGUGGAGGGCGGCUUCCUCAGGAAACUCUGGAGCUGUCAGGAAGCAGAUUGGGCAGUGAGAGACAGCCUCUGCCCUGUCAGUCAGACGGGACUUGAGAGCAACACUG